AUGUGGUCCACCUUCUUUCUGCACGAAGAGGAUGGCAGGCCGGUUCCACCGGGGGUGGGCGUAGGACCAGGGGGAGGUCUACUGGGACUGACCGGUGUCAUGGGUGGCAGAGGGGCUGGGGCUGGUGCUAUGGGAGUUAAGCGCCGGGGAAAAGCGUUGACAUCGAGACACCCAGGGGACAUGAGCGAGGUCCAGAAGGGCAAGAUCAAGCUGGCGUUCUUCGUGGCCAUCGUGGGCGUGGUAUUGACAGUCUUGGGCUUGGGCACAGAGUAUUGGGUGGAGCUGUCCCCGCCCAAGAACUUCUACAACAACCAGACGUGUCUGGCGGCUCACUACGGGCUGUGGAAAGGAUGCUCCCGGACUCUGUGGGUGGCGGACAUAGACCCUGAGCGAGAGAGCUGUGGUCCGGCUGAACUGCCAGGAGAAUCUCACUGCAACUACUUCAAGUUCUACACCACUGGAGAGAAUGCCGUCAUCUUCCAGAAGACAACAGAAAAGAGUCUGAAUGUGGCGGCGGCCAUGAUGGCCCUCUUCGGUCUCUUCCUGAUGGUCAUGGGGGCCAUAUGCAUCACCACAGCCCUCAGCAAAGGAGAAUCGUUCUUCCUCAAGCCUGCCUCGGUUUGCUUCGUUCUGUCAGGCCUCCUGAUGCUCCUAUCUCUUACUGUUUUCAACCAAUCGGUCCUCUCCUUCCUAGCCAGUGACCACUCGGUGCCUUUGCAUCACGAGCUGUCUUGGUCAGUGUCCUGUAUUGGGUGUGCAGGGGUCAUGCUUAUUUUGGGCGGAAUCCUCUUUCUCUUGCUUGCACUGCCAUUCAGCCCCUGGCGAAGGUGUUUCCCCCCCAAAAAUGAAAGUGACAGCUAG